GGUCAUGUAAGGAGGAAGGAAGCCAAUACGGUACUGUUUCCGCCCCAAUCCCAUCUCAAUGGAUGAUGAGUUGAUACAAGAUCUGAUAAGUGAUUUGCCUCAGAGCAUUAUAGAAAGCAUCCUGAUUCGACUGCCGAUACAAGAUGCUGUAAGGACUAGUGUUCUAUCAAGUAAGUGGAGGUACAAAUGGGCUACAGUUACGCACCUUGUAUUUGACAAUAGAUGUGUUGCUCUAUCUAAUGACAGAUCAGUAGAUCAGGCCAGCCUUGUAAAGUUUAUUACCCGAGCUCUUUUUCUUCACCAAGGACCAAUUCACAAGUUCCAGCUCUCUACUAAUUACUUGCAAUGCUCCCCUGAUAUAGAUCAAUGGUUGCUUUUUCUCUCGAGGACUGAUAUCAAAGAGUUGUUUCUUGAAUUGGGAGAUGGAGAGUGGUUUAGGGUUCCUUCUUGCCUUUUUAAUUGUAAAAAGUUGACCCGUUUGGAGCUUUUUCGUUGUGAACUUGAUCCACCUCCUAGUUUCAAAGGAUUCUUGUGCUUGAGAAGUCUCAAUCUUCACCAGGUUUUAGUUGCCCCUGAGGCAAUUGAAAGUCUUAUUUCAAGUUGCCCCCUUCUUGAGAGUAUGCAAUUGUCAUACUUUGAUAGUUUAGCUCUUACCAUCCACGCCCCAAAUCUCAAGUAUUUGUGUCUGGAAGGUGAAUUUACAGAUAUUUGUCUCAAAAAUACUCCACUUUUAGUUGCUAUUUCUGUUGCUAUGUAUAUGACUGAGGAUGUUGCUGAGCACUUUGAGCAAAGUUCAAGUUGCAAUUUCAUCAAGUUUCUUGGUGGCGUACCGCUUCUUGAGAAGCUUGUUGGGCAUAUAUACUUCACAAAGGUAAAAUACAUGAUAUUGGAUUUUGGUUUAUCAAGUUGCUUUAGUUAUGUAUCACUUCAACAUGCUUUCAUUUACAUGUUCUCUAUUUUGAAGUAUUUGAGUAUAGGUGAUUACCCAGGAAGACUUCCCAUCACAUAUAGUCAUCUAAGGGUAAUAGAAUUAUAUCAAGUAAGUUUUGAAGAUAUGAAUGAGAUACUUGUUGUUCUUCGCUUGAUUUUGAACUCUCCUAAUUUGAAGGAACUUCAAAUUUCGGUAAGUUUUGUGUGUCCUACGUUUAGAGUGGUGUUGAUAUCUUAAUUAUUUGUUUUGUUUCUACGCUACCCUGUAGUGGAUCAUUGCAGAUAUGGACUCGGCCUGUUAUAUUUGCUUUUGUUUCUUUAGGGUUCUCCAAACACAUUGCCUGCUAUAGGAGCACCUGAUUUAGAUUUCUGGGAGAAAGAGUGCCCUUCAGAUUGCACACUCAAGCGACUCAGAGAUGUGAAGAUGACAGACAUGUCCGGAGUACCUCAUGAGAUGGAAUUCAUCAAAUUUCUGCUUGCAAAUUCUCCAGUACUCGAGUCAAUGACCAUCUCACCAUGUGUUGUGAUGGAUGGAAAAGUGCAUAUGCUAAUUGAGUUGCUGAGGUUCCGCCGGGCUUCUCCUCAAGCAGAAAUCUUAUUCAUUCAAGAUUAAACAGUUUCUAUCCUUUACUAUGCCUUUGCAUCUGCUAACCUUUCCUUCCUUUUUGAAUCAAGGACAAUACCAAAGCAUUUGUUUGUAUCCGAUUCUUUUGAAAUGAAGAACUUGGAAUUAUGUAUCUUUUUGUACAUUCUACAAUUAGCAUAAACAUUGUUGCAGUAUCCAUUCUGAAAGAAAAAAGUAAUCUUGGA